AUGAGCUCUCCCGACAGAACCCCGAUUAUUGUCGGCGUUGGCGACUUCCGGAACAAAUCGCUCGAGAUCAGAGAUGCGAUCGAGCCCGCGGAACUCAUGAUCACGGCUGUUCGACGCGCGCUUGAAGACACCGAAUUGACUCCGAGCCUACAAGAUGAGCUCCUCGGCCUUACGGACAGUGUCUGUGUUGUGCCGCCCUGGACUUGGGCGUAUCCCGAUCUUCCGGGUCUGCUCGCCAAGCGAUUGGGAGUGAACGCCUCGCAUAUGCUGCUCGGUGAGCAUGGUGGCAACCAACCUGCUCUUUUGUGCGACAUCGCGGCCAGGAGAAUCUCCUCGGGGGAAACCAAAGCUGCGAUAAUCGUCGGUGGCGAGGCCCUCGCUUCACUGGCUGCUUGUCAGAAGGCUGGGCGGAUGCCGCCUCCCAAUUGGACGAAGCCGGACCCGGCAGCCAAGUCCGUAAGCGCCAGUGACCUCUCCUGGAAUGGGCAGAACGUCGGUACGGUGCAUUCCGUCGGCCUAGCAAUUCAUGUUUAUCCCCUGUACGAAAACGGACUCCGAGCCCAUAGAGGCCAAACAUUCGAGGAGAACCUGCAGGAGUCGGCCGAACUGUACGCGGCCUUCGAUAAGACCGCGACGGAACACCCGUCCUCUUGGAGAUAUGGACAGCCUCCCAAGAAUGCCAGAGAUAUUGGGACAGUAUCGGUUAAGAACCGGAUGAUCUGCACGCCGUAUCCUCUGCUCAUGAAUGCCUUCAACACCGUGAAUCUGGCAGCCGCCUGUAUUUUGACGUCGGUCGAGCAUGCAGAGCGCCUCGGCAUACCUCGUGAAAGAUGGGUCUAUCCGCUUGGCGGAGCUGGGUUCCAUGAGAGCGAGCAGUUCUGGGAGCGCCCGAAUUAUUACUCCAGUCCCGCCCUGUCCAUGGCCAUAGACGGAGCACUUGACAUCUCUGGAUUGACCAAGGACAAGAUUGACUAUUUUGACUUCUACUCUUGCUUUCCAAUCGUGCCAAAGCUGGCAUGCGAGCAUCUCGGCCUCCCUAUAGUCAAUUCGUCGAAGCCGAUUACUCUGUUAGGCGGUCUGACUUCCUUUGGAGGCGCAGGGAAUAACUAUUCCAUGCAUGCUAUCGCAGCAAUGACCAGAGAACUGAGAGGAAAGAAGUCCCGCGCCGGCUUGGUCUUGGCCAAUGGGGGUGUGCUCACCCAUCAACACGCGCUCUGCCUCUCGUCUCAGCCCCGGCAGGACGGUCGAUCCUACCCAAGCAGUAAUCCCCUGCCCGACGAAAGACAUGGAGUCCCGAUUCCGCCGCUCGAAAUCCAGGCACAAGGGCCUGCGACAGUUGAGACAUACACCGUCGAGUUUGACCGUCAGGGUUCACCCCGAAUGGGGCACAUCGUAGGGCGAUUGACGGGGAACGGCCACCGCUUCAUUGCUAAUCAUGGCGAUGAAUCAACUUUGCGGAAGCUUGCCGAUCCGAGCGUGGAGCCCAUUGGGAGAUCAGGCUUCGUCAAAAGGGGGGUGGAGGGGAAGAACCUGUUUUAUUUCGGAUCAGAGGCGAAAUUGUAA